AUGGCUGGCCCAAUCUUAGCGAGCACUUUGUUUCUCUUGGCUCUUCUUGUCACCUCGGCUCAGGCAGCCACCAAUUCUGUGACAUGUCCUUCCGAUCCUUAUCUAGACCCACGAAACGACCCAUGCAAUGCCCUCGGAUAUAUCGCUAACAAUACGCUCACUGCUGUCGCCUUUGGUUAUGUGCUGUUGAUUGUUCUCAUUCAGACUUAUCAGGUAAUCUAUAAUGGCGGAAAGUUCAUGCUGUCCAUGGUCAUCGGGGAAUACGUCUAUGCUCUUGGCUUUGCGUUUCGCUUCGCUUUGCAUCAUAGCCCUGACUCAUUGGGGAUUUUCAUCUCUGAGGACUUGAUGAUCGUGUUGUCUCCCUGUUUCUUCAUUGCCGCGAAUUAUACUCUUCUUGGUCGCCUUGCCGGUGAAAUUGACUGCGCUCAUCACGUCUUGCUUCCAGUGAAGCGGCUCACCCUUAUAUUCGUCUUGUCCGACGUGACUACCUUUGUCAUCCAGGCGGGAGGAGCUUCAUUGACCACGUCCAAGGUUCAAAGUUCGGCAUCGACGGGACUUCACAUUUUUUUGAUUGGCCUCAUUAUGCAACUGGUCUCUUUCGUUUUCUUCUGUGCCAUUUAUGCACGAUUCCUCUACAGGGUCUACACCGAGGAACAGGAUGUCUGCAUGCGAGACUCAAAGCAACCCUGGUAUAACGACUGGCGAACACUGGCCGCUGCCUUGUCGGUCAGUUCCAUAGGACUUCUGAUUCGUUCUUUCUACCGUGUUGUGGAGGCUAGUCAGGGCUUCCGCGGCAAUCUCAGCACAAGUGAGGCAGCCUUCUAUCUGGGUGAUACGAUUCCCAUUUGCUUGGCUAUCGUUGUGUACGUUCCGUUCUGGCCCGGAAGGUUCAUCAAGCCAGCGCACCCCUACGUUAAAGAACAGAAGGAAUCAUCCAUUUCUAGCCCUUCUCUAGUGUAA